UACAAGCUCACACAGGCUCAAAUUACUUCAGUGUGUCGAAGUUCACUUGGCUGGAAUCCUUAUAUGUCUGUUAUUUCAUUCAGUCUCUCUGCAGUAACAACUAGGUUAUGUUUUUGAUUACCGAUUUAGGAUUUGUAGUACAGGUUAGAGACCACUUUUGUUUUUGUUUUCAACUCUGAACGUUAACUAGACAGCCACUGCUUUUUUUUUACCUCUAACCAAUUGCUUGGUUUUCACAAACAGGCACCAUGAAGCCGGAGCAGCAUGUCUCCGUUUGUGUCCUGCUGCUACUUUCUGUGACAUGGAGCGCAAAUGGAGGAAACAUUUUGGUGUGGUAUACUGAAGGCAGCCACUGGAUUAACAUGAAGCCUGUGCUGGAGACGUUGGUCGACAGAGGUCACCAGGUGAAGGUGCUGGUGCCGAGCACGUCCAUGUUCAUGAACUCGAGUGAACCUUCUCGCUUUAGCUAUGAACCCUUUAACGUCUCCGUCUCAAAGGAAACCAUGGAAGAGUUUUUUGAGGAGUUCCUUCACUUCUCUGUCUACGAGAUGCAUAAUAUGAGCUAUGUUCAGCUUUACAUCAGAUUCAUAGAUGUGAUGAAGCUUAACAUGCAUUAUACUUUCAAGGUCUUGGACGGCGUGCUGAAAUCAGAAACCAUCAUGAACAAGUUGAAGGAGGGAAAAUAUGACCUUCUCCUGGCUGACCCAAUUUACCCCGGCAGUGACUUAGUAGCAGAGAUUUUGGGCAUCCCCCUGGUGUUCUCUCUGCGUUUUUCCAUUGCCAAUAUCUGUGAAAGACAUUGUGGUCAGCUCCCUGCUCCUCCCUCCUUUGUCCCUGGAGCUAUGAGCAAACUGACCGACAAGAUGGACUUCUCGGAGAGAGUGUGGAACUUCCUCUUCUACGCUUUGCAAGACAUUGUGAUGAGUAACGUUUUUUUUAAAGAUAUUGAUAAAUACUACUCCGAAGUCAAAGGAACACCCACCAGUGCCUGUGAGACGAUGGGUAGAGCAGAUAUCUGGUUGAUGCGAUCCUACUGGGAUUUUGAUUUCCCUCGUCCUUUCCUCCCUAACUUCAAAUUUGUUGGUGGAAUCCACUGCAGACCGGCUAAACCUUUACCAGAGGUAGGGCUAUCUCCAAUAUCACAGGCAUUUAUAUAUAUAUUAGGGGUGGGAAUCACCAGACUCCCCACGAUAUGAUACUAUCGCGAUA